UACAGUAGUCGUUUUUAAAAAGAAUAUGUGGCUGAGCGAUGUCCGUGCCUUGGGCUUGGCAGCUGGAGGGUUUUGUAUAAAGCUGCUGUCCCUUUAGCCUGAUGGAUAUAUUUUUGAUAGGACUAGAACGUGACGCAUUUAUUUGGUCCUUUUUUUUUUCUUUUUUCUUUUUUUUUUUUUUUUUUUUAAAAAAAGCUGCUUUCACAAGACGGCUAACGGGAUGGCAGCAAGUGGCAUAUUUAUUGGGCUUUCAGGGUUUUGUGUCUGUGCUGUGUCCUCUGCGGAGAGCAGGCAAGGAGUCUCUUCACCCUUCAAAACAACCUCUCCUUUACUUCUGAUUCAUACCCUCAGCAUUCGCGCUACCAGCCCCGCGCUCUUCUGCAAUUGACACUAAUUUCAUCCAGAUCCGUCACUGCUGGAAGUAGAUUUAUCUUGGAAUGGCAAAAAAAAGCUGUGCCAAGGUAUUUAACUUGCAGGCUUAGGAGAAAGGGAACUCCUUUGGAUCAGACGCGGAAAAGCAGAGCUUGCUGCGGAAAGCAGGACCGGGGGCGGCUCAAGAGCUGUAGGGUUACAGCCGUCCUCUCCCAAUCCUCGGCCCGUUUCAGGAGAACCCUGGGCUUUAACGUGCCACUCCAGAAGAGCAGCCGGCAGUGACGGAACGGGCAGUGGAAAAGUGGCCAUCCCGGCAAAGUAUCCCCGUCGUUCCUCGGGCUGGUCCUUGACUGGUGCCCGCCCGCUCCCCUCCCGGGGGCUGCCCCGUCUGGCCGUGCUCGACGGCCGGAGCCGCUCAGCGGUGGAGCAGCGGCCGGGACGCGGCCUCUCCCCGCCGCUUCCCCGCGACCCGGAGGAGCGGAGGGACGAGCCCGGCGGCGGGAAGGGCUGGGAGGAGCAGGGGCUGCCGGGGACCAGCCCGGGACCCAGGGGACGGCAGGCAGAGGGUGAAGCCGCUCCGGCCGCCGUUGCCGGGCCACCGGCUGUCCGGGCGCGCCGCCCCGCGGCCGCGGCGGGGUCGGCCGGGAAAGGGAAAGCCCCGUCGGAGGUGAAGCCACUGUCCCCACUGCCAUUCAUCACACGCUUUCUUUGCUUCCCUCUGCGUGUGUGAUUUCAGAAAUGAGUUGCCACGCCUGCCGUGCAAAAUUAAGUUAUUCUUCUGCCUACUGAAACUGCUUAAAUGUUGUAAGAGCCAACAGUCGCUGUGGGGUUUUCUAUGUAAAUCAGAGGAGAGGAUGGAAUCAACGCACCAAUAUACAGAGUGAGCACACCAGGAGGAGUGAAGGGGGAAGUGGCAGAAAAAAAUAGAUAAGAUGGAGCACAUGUUACUGCUAUUCAUAUUUUGCAUACCUAUAUUGGGUCUCACUAAUGGAACAGAAACUGAACAAGAUUUUACUUGGCACUUAAAGAAGAUUCCCCAGAUUGUGAGCAGAAGAACUUUCUCCCUUGACAGCCCUAAAUUUGAAGCAAAACCCAAAUUAGAGCUGAACAGUGUAUGUGGAAUUGAAUGUCAAAGGAAAUUGCCGGUGCCAAGCUUGUCUGACUUGAAGGACCUCUUAUCCUAUGAGACAGUUUUUGAAAAUGGCACACGUACCCUGACCGAAGUGAAUGUCCUUGGACCAGUGCUUGAGCCAGUUGGAAACACAACCGUACAAAGGUCUCCGAGAAAGAAGAGGCAGAUAUAUGGAACAGACAGCAGGUUCAGCAUCUAUGACAGGCGCUUUAUGACCAACUUUCCGUUCAACACAGCUGUGAAGAUCUCUACUGGCUGCAGUGGUGUUCUCAUUUCUCCCAAGCAUGUGCUAACAGCUGCCCACUGCCUGCACAAUGGCAAGGAUUAUGUUAAGGGCAGCAAAAGGCUGAGGGUGGGCCUGAUGAGGACAAAAUCCAGAGGCGACGGCAGGAAGCGCAAAGGUGGUAAAAGAAGUAGGAGAGAAGUUUCUGCGGCCCAAGAGGACCCUGAAGUUGCCACAGGAAAAAGGCGACGAUACAAAGGUGAUGGGAGAAAGCAGAGGAGAUCUGGGAGGAAGCAGGAGACCUCAGAUGGCAUGCCCUCCUUCCAGUGGACCAGGGUGAAGAGUACCCACAUCCCGAAAGGCUGGUUUAAGGGUGUCUCUGGGGAUAUUGCCCUGGAUUACGAUUAUGCUGUUCUGGAGCUCAAGCGUCCCCACAAAAGGAAAUACAUGGAGCUGGGAAUCAGCCCGACAAUCAAAAUGAUGCCUGGGAGUAUGAUCCACUUCUCAGGUUUUGACAAUGAUCGGUCUGGGCAGCUGGUCUAUAGAUUUUGUAGCAUUUCUGAUGAGUCCAAUGAUCUCUUUUAUCAGUAUUGUGAUGCUGAGCCUGGCUCCACUGGAUCUGGUGUCUAUCUCCGUCUCAAGGAGCCAAACAAAAAGAAGUGGAAACGCAAGAUCAUUGCAGUUUUCUCUGGCCAUCAGUGGGUGGAUGUCAAUGGUGAACAGCAGGAUUACAAUGUAGCAGUAAGAAUUACUCCUCUCAAGUAUGCCCAGAUUUGUUUCUGGAUGCAUGGGAAUGAUGAGACUUGCACACAGGGCUGAAAAGACCUGAACCCAAGUCGCUUAGCCACCCGCAUUACCGUAGAGCGAAAGUCUGCUGCAGCAGGUACUGGAAGAACAUCACUCCGAGUCAGGAUGUUUUUAAACUCAGAGCUCACUAGUAAUGUAAUAGUGACUUGAGGAACACUGAAUUGCUGUCGGAGGGGUAGAAUUGUCAAAAAAAAAUUUCGAAUUGCAAUCAGCCCUAAAUAUGCACUUAAAAUCCCAACCAUAUUUAUGUUAUUUGCAAUCGUGAUAAAUUCAAACCAUUUGCAUCAGGAAAAAGAUGAGUACACCUGUCUUUUUUUUUUUUUUUUCAAGGAAAGGAGUGAAAUAUCUCAAACUGGUAUUAUUAAACAACAUCUAUUUCUCCCAAUGGAUUUGCUUUUCUCAGGGUUCUGUUCCAAUUCUUCAAUGCAAGUUGUGCAUACAGAACAUUACUGUGUAUGCGGGGUGAUCCAGAGAACUGCAUGAGAACAAGAUAUUAUUUUGGCAUUCUCUGAAGACCACAGCUCCAUGAUGAGAAGCAACAGUCUAGUUCAUGCUUGUUAGUUUGGAAAACUUCCUCCUCUGGUUGCUCCAGGAAGACUUCCAUGGAAAUCCUGAAUUUCUGUAGCAGAGGACCUUAAAGAUAAGUUUUACUUCAUUUCUCAGUAAAAACAGCAAGAAGAAAUUAAUGAACAUAGAAGUUUCCAUGUUUGCAAGAAGAAGAAACAUCAGGACGUAAUUUAAUGCCCUUAAAUCUUCUUUGAGAAGCUAUAUCUCUUAAACACAUGCAUUUGCCUACUAAUUAGUAUUUGGAGAGCUGUAGGUUUAGUUUCUAGUCAAAAGUUUAGCUUUACCACUGGAAGAAGUCACUGACUUCUGAAGUGGCUAUCUGACAAUCAUUUAGAGCUUCACAGAUUUUUAGGGUGCUAACCAUUUUUUUCGGGUUUUAUAAAUUACUUUUAUAAGAGUUCAGCUUCAUAGAUAGGAUAGUAUGUAUUAGGCUGGGAGUUGGAAAGUAAUACUUUAGGUUGGCUUUAUAUGGUUUUGCAAAAUGGGUAGUUUUAAUCAUGUCAUAUUCAGACUCCACCUCAACAGGAGUUACAGCAUUGAACUAAAAGAUUCUGCCAACUAAAUUAUACCAUCUUCUGAAUGGUAGAAUAACUGUCCUGUACAUUAUAACAAAUAUCUUGUUUGGUAUUAGUGAUAGUUAACAAAUAAUUUCAUUCAAUGAGUUUGCUGAACCAUGUAUUUAAUGAAAACACAAAGAGAGCUUACCUUUUACACACUUUUAAACACAAAUCAGCUUUUAAAAAUUGUUGUUGACUGCUACACAAGUCUAUAUCUUUUAUUUUAUAUCAAAAUUUUGAAGCACACAGGAUUGUUAUGGUGCUACGUUAAUCUAGUAAGAUAAAAUGAUACUGUGUAUUUCCAAUCAUAUCCUUUGGGUUUCAAUACUUUUAUGAUUAUUCACUACCACAAUACUUCAUUCUUUUGAUCAUAAGUUUAUGCUGACCAAAAGACAUUUUCUUCCUGUGCUGAAGAAAAAAAAUAUAACAAGAUUUUAAAACAGUAUUUGUUUGUUGGUAUCUUUAAAAUAUGCUUGUAAUAUCUUCUGAUGAAAUAAGAUCAUUUUAAUAACCCACUUUUUUUGUAGAUGAUCGGAAGCAUAAAACCUGACACUUGGAAUGUGCAGGCAACUUUCUUGGUCAUAUUAUUGCCAAAGCAUAAAAAUUUAAGACUUGCUUCCUUACCAUAACUCUAACAAUAUUUCAUUAAUUGAAAGAGAUGUCAUUUUAAAAUAUAAUAUUUCUUUUAAUGUCAGCCUUUUCAGGGAACACUUUUCUUUCCCCUUUUUAAAAUUUUGUGAUAUUGUGUGAUUGCAGAAAACUAAUAAUAAUUUUAUAAGCUUAGAAACUAAUGUCUAAGACUUUAAGGUUAAUUAUUUUUUAUUGUUGUUAACGUCUCUACUAAGAUGUAUGGCUUUGCUGACAGUAAUUUUAAAUCACCUCAGUCCAGUGUUUAAUACUCUCACACUAUGCAAUGAGCCUACAAUAUUCUUUAGCUGGCUCUGUAAUGUUUUUCUUAAGUGCCUUUUUUCAUAGUUACUGUGACAAAUAAGGUACCACAUUGUUAAUUUGAUACAAGUCUACCUAGGUCCAUAGAUUUUGUUACAAUUAUUCUCAUUGUUGAUUUGGGUCCAAAACCACGGUAAGAUGGCUUAGCAAAUUCUUUGUUUUGUUGAGUCUUAUUUAGAUGUACUCCUUAGGAGCAGAAAUAUAACCUAUUUCUGUGUUAGUUUGGGAAUCAAGGACAAGGUAAGAAUGAAAAGUUUUUACAUCAGCUUUCAAAUGGUCUUGUUAUAAUAAUCAUUCAGCAUAAAUACCUCAGCCACAACCUCAAGUUCUCAUACCAGGCUUGGUGACAAAUUUUUAUCCUCAGAGGAUAAGUAUUAGAUGCUCAGUGCCCUAUUUUGUGGUACUAAGAGAUUGGAGAGGCUGGCCAGAGCAACAAAAAAAUUAAUCAAAACUAUAUAUAUAUUCAAGUCUUUGUGUCUGAAUGCACAUGCACAAACACACACAAAUAUAUAGGCUUGUAGAGCGUGUGCCAUUUUGACUGGGUCAGCACCUUCAGACAAGGGAAUGCAGGCAUGAGAAGACCUGGACAAAAUGUUAUUCCUAUUGUAUUUGCGUUCUGGGCAGCAUUUCAGUCUACCACUUGGCCUAAUAGAGAAGGAAAUGCUCUAUGUAGGUGUUGUGGCUGCUUACUACAGGGACUUCUGAAAUAGUUCACAAAUUGAGUGCUUAUACAUUACACCAGGAGGUCAAUGUCUGGUAUAGAGCUCUUGGUACCAGCCACUGCAAAUGGGACAAGAAUUUCUAAGCUGUGAUCAUCUCAGAUUUCCUUAAGAAACUGCAGAUGUAUCUAGUCAUCUAUGAGAAAAUACAAGGAGUGGGUGUCCUCAGUAAGUAGAUCAGCUCUGUUGUUGUCAAGGUCACCAGCAUCAAGGCUGGAUUUCCGGCCCAAGAAGGGGACAGAGCCCUUGUGAUGUUCCCCAAAGGAUUUUUCCCUCUUUCAAAUGCCAGGCUGUACAUAAUUUGUUUUCAUCAGUACUAACGCUUUUCUGUAACAGUUGCUAUAGUAGAUCUUUUUCUUUAACUGUAUUCCUGGCUUUAGGAGAAAAACAAACUCAGUCAAAUCCCUUUUCUGUUAGGGGGCUACUGGCAAUUUGUAAAGUUAACAAGUAAGUCUUCCCCGGGUCAAAGACAAACCUCAUAUACCAACCAUUAACACAUGCAGACCAGCUUCUGCAAGCAUUUGUGCAUGAGUUUAAUUUGGGGCUCUGAAACAUAUGAUGGAAGUCAAGGGGAUCAUCUGCAAUGUGAAAAAUUAAAUAUAACUUUGUAUUAUCUUAACAAAAGAAAAACACAAUAUUAGGUAGCAAAAUUAUUUCUGUUACCUGAGGUAUAGUCUACCCGAUACUUUUAAAAACUCCUUGACUCAGUUUAUAAUUUACCAUCCAAAUUUUGCAGAUGCAUGUGUCUGUAUGGAGGAUGAAUCCGCACAGAAUGUGGCUUAAGUAAAAAAAUUGUUCGUUUGCAUCUGGAGGAGAAAAGCAGCUGUGGAAUUCCUCCUGUCCUGCUGAUAAGGAAUGACCUGGCAGCAAACAGCAAUUAAUACAGAAAGAGAGAGCAGGAGAAAAAGAUGGUAUAGAAGAGCAGAAAGAUGGAGGUGGUAUGCAAGGGAUAAAGAAAGUGUGAAAAGUAACAGAUGAAAUGGCUGCAAGGUAGCAAGGGGACCUAUUGUCAGAAAAAGCAGGCAGCUGAUAAAGGAAUAACAGUAUAAAUUAAGAUGUAAAAACCACAAGUUACAUGAACAGUCUCCUUUCGCUGUUAAAGUCAAGGCUGUUCUUCCCAGCCAAGCGCAUCAAGGAAGCGGCUGUGAGAAGGUUCAGGUUUUGGCAGGUACAACCGUCAGGCAGGGGGGUUUGACUCUGGUCUAUAAUCCCUGCCCCAAAUUACAGGGAUUAUGCUUGUGCUCAUUUAGGGUCCUUGGGAAGCAACAGAUCCAUGUCCUGGCCAAAAGGCUUAUCAGUGUGAACUCCCCAGCACUGCGGGUCACCAAGAGUGGGGUGGGUGAAGGGGGUUUAUUUCACUUGAAAGUUUCUCAAACCUGAACAUUUGUCGGGAUUUCUGUAAAGGCUGUUUCACAUUGGAAAACAAAACAAAUGAACAAACCAACAAAGACAGAAAAGCAACAAACCAAACAAAAAACCUCACAACAAACAAACAAACAAACAAACAAACAGAAACAACAAACGAAAAAUCUCAGACUUGAAGCAUUUAAAUGUUGGGUCUAUUUUUUCAUGUACAUACAAAUUCUAGGGAGAAAUUUAUUUCAAAUACCUUCUGUUUGUGUUUGGUAUCUUUGUAGAAAUUUAAUCAACUGCUUCUAAUUCUAAAGCAAAGAAUAUUGCAGAUACUUCUGUUUACAAAUUCCUGGAUUAAAGAAUGAAUGGGGAGAAAAAAAAGUAAAGAAUAUUGUUAAAUUGAAAGCUUAAAAUUGCACACUAAUCUCAAAGGAUUUGGAAGUAUAUUUGAGUCCCUGUUGCACCAGCCUUUUUCUCCAAGUGUGACAUAGCAUUUAGCUUAAAAACCUCCAGAGGUAUCUUUGAUGAUUCUUUAAUGUUCUUAACUUCUUUAAGACUGACGGAAAACUUCAAAAAUGUGUUUUUAUAUUAUUUUUAACUGCACAAAAUGACAACUCAUUUGGGAAAAUAAAUGCAAACCUUUGAUAUAUUGAGACAUUAUACAAUGCACAUACUAUGUCAAUAAAUAUUUUCUGUUGUUUUCCUUUUCCUCUGUCAUGAUGUAGUUUGUUAGCUAUGGCAGUGUUGCACAAACUCCCUUCUGUAAAUGCUUGUAAAAGGUUAUCAGUGAAUCAUCUGGGACAUGGUCUUACAAGAUAUUAAUGUUUCUUUAAAUUUGUUCUGCGAAAAAAACCUCCCUGUCUACUCCUGUCUUCCAGAUAAUUACUCCAUGAGCAAAUUUGAUGGGUAAAAAAAAAAAUUGAUUCAGCAAGGAAAUGACUCACAGACUGUGCCACAACUUAUUAAUUCUGAAAUAAGUAAUUGGUUCAGUUUCUGCUAUUAGCUAUUGUUGUAUUUUCUCUCCCAGAGAGCUGUAGAACAAGGCCAAAUUAGAAGUCUGUAAAAUAUUAUAAUCUUGGUUCUCAGCAUUAUCUUAGCUCUGUACCCUUGAAACUGGUGCUGAUUUCAUCACUGACAGUAAAAGGAGAGAUUUUUGGCAAGGAUAAGAGCUGCUGGAAAUCUUUAAUGGAAAGUUUAGAAAUGAUUACAGCAGUGAUUAACGGUGUGUCUAAUACAAUCGAUAUUUAAGAGGGGUCUGGCAAGGGCUUCCCCUCCAGCUCUGGUGGUCCUUAAUGGAAGAGGCGUAUGAGCCACAGGGGAAUAAAUAUCGACAGCCUCAUCGCCCAGACCAAAGUCCAUGUGAGGCUGGCAACAGGAUCUAAAUUUUUUCAUUGUUGUAGUUUACCUUUUGCCACCUUCUGGAAUAAUGUCUUAGUGCCUGAAAAAUGAUUCUCAGCCCCUACCCAGUGGACACAAACAGAAGCCCAGGGGUGACAGCGUUGUCCCCUUCAGGCUGCUCACAAGCUACUGGUUGCUCCUGUGGAAGAUGCGUUCCAAGAUGUGCUGUGGGUCUCACAUUCCCAUGGGCCCUGGGGGACUUGAACUGGCACCCCAUCCAAGCAUAUUUUCAGCCCUAAAGCAUACUGAUACAGCCCAGUCCCUUGUCAUACUUCCAGUUCCCAUAAUCUUUAACAAAUGCUCAAAAAGCCUUCACUAAAUAACAGCAACUCAAAUCCACCAAAGAAGUGGAAACUUAUGUUGGUUAUUACACAGGUUUUCCUGAAUAACUGUUCAUUCCUCCUGCUUGGAAUAUUUCUCUGAGCCUUGAUAAAGGCUAACACAUCAGCUGUUGUUGCUAAGAAAGAAGAUCAGAUAUACUGGAAAAGCUAUACAAAUAUUUCAGAAAGAUUGUCCCUCUUGGCAAUUAUCUAUGCACCAUAAUUAUUGCAGUUGCUAUGGCUCUACUUCUUUUCCAUGUGAAAGAGUUUGAAAACAUUGGAGGAAACCACAUUGGGCUGUUUUUCAGACAAAUUACUCAGCUGCCCUUUGGCUGCAGUGACAGCAUUCUCCCACCCCUCCCCCUCCAGUCUAAUUUCCAGCUUUAUGGAUUAAAUGCUGGUUUCAGUUUUGCUUAAUCAAAGAUGAAAACAGCCAGGGCACAGCACAUGGCAAAGGGCCUUUUGUGUCCAUACCUCUCUGGGGCAUUUUGGAGCAGGCUGGGCCUCAAGGGAGAAGAGGACAUGAGAAGGCAAAGGUGAAGACAGUGGUCACCCCCAAAAAAGUACAGUGCCUUACUAAAUGGAAGAAAACAUUAUUUAUAUUUUUCCUACAGUGAAAGGCAACCCUAGUUUUUACAUUCCUUUGCUUUCUCUUGAAUUAUUAACUCAUCAGCUAAAUAUUGUUGACUCUUGUACAGGAGCAAAACAUCCUGCUUGGUGGUGGGGAUACAACAUGCCCUCAAAUGCCAGCAGGGGUUUCCCCUCCCAAACACACACACACACACACACACACACACAACACACAUGCACACACAAAAAAGAGAUUGCAAAGUUACCCUAAAGGGGAUUUGCUAGCAAUAAAAAGGAAAAAAAAAAUCUAAGACAAGCACCAGAUUUUUAUUUUAAUAAAACAGGGAUAUUUUGAAAUGUAUGUAUGCAUAAACACAAUGGAGACUUUGUAGAUAUGUGUGGUGUAUGGGUUUUUCUGCCAUGCUUGUCUAUGCAGGCUCUGGCUGCAUUCCAGAGCUGUGGUGAGCUACAUGGUAAAAGAACAACCAGUUGCUGGUGGUUUAACCAACAUCUUCCCACAGGGACAGGGAUUUGUUUUGUUACCAAACUCCUGCUGCUUAUUGUGAGUUUGGACUCAGACCUGGUCUUCUUAAAUGGUGGACAUGAACAGAGGCUUCCAGGUACAUGGCCACUGACAUUUUAUCGUUUUAUACAUUUUGCUGUAUUCAUCCAUGGAGUAUGUAUGGAGUCAUUUUUAAUAAUGGUGGGUUGAAACGGUAAGCUUCAGUAAUCAAACACUGCAUCCCUUUCUCCUCUCAUUUACAAUGGUGAACCUUAGAAGGAACUUUGACCUACUGCAUAACACAUGUAUUUAUUUGUCAUAGAGCAUUAUACACUAGGCACUUAUGAUCUGUAAACAGGUUUCUUUCUUUUAGAAGGAAAUAAAAAGCAAGCCAAUCCUCAAAAGGGAAAAUAGUUUUGACAGUGUUCAAUUUAGAUAUGAUACUUUAUUGCCUAUAAAUUAAUCUGUUACAACAGUGAUCUGUGACCAAGUAAUGCUGCUUAUAUGACUGAUGUGCUUGAGUUAUUCACUUCUUGCUUAUUGAUUUUUCCUUACUGGUUGGGACUAAAUAAAGUCAGACAUCUGUGCAACGA